AUGGCCCAAGCGAAUGGGCGAUUCGCGGACUCCGGCACUAGAACCGAGGGGGCAGCAUACCAGAAUGAACUGGAGCGGUUGACCCGGUCGAUAUGGAACCUUGAGGAGCCCAUCGAGAGUAGUGGUAGAUGCAUUAGAGAACUAAAAUCAAGACGACACGUGCUGUCUGAUGAAGAGCAGGAGAAUCUGAAAUCAGAAGAGACGCUGCUUCAGAAAUUGCAGACCGAUUUGCAGAAGUUGAAGGAGCAAAGGGAUGACCUGAAAUCGACCCCGGCCGGAUUAAGAGCGCAGGAGAUAACGAAGCUGCAGCAGGAAAUUGAAAGAUCAAUUAAGCCGUUCUCGCCUGAAGAAUUAGCUGAACGAGCUAAGUCAUUUCGCCAGAAGGCAGAAGAAGAGCGUAAGAAACGGGAUAUCAGCAAUCUUGUCUGGGGUGGUGUCGCCAUAAUGAUGCUGGUCCCUGCGGUUGCAGCCGUGCUGUGGAGCACAUCUAUAUCUUAG